GGCAUCGGCGUGGCGGCGCGCACGGCAUGGCGGCGGCGGCGGCGCGCCAGAGGUAGAGGGACGCCGGCCCGCUCAGGCCUCGGCGCGGCCUACACGCUUCGCUCGCUCGCUCCCGCUCCGCGCCCCGCGCACCGCGCCCGGCCAUGGCGGAGCCCUCGCCCGCCCGACGCCCGGUGCCCCUCAUCGAGUCGGAGCUGUACUUCCUCAUCGCCCGGUACCUAUCGGCCGGCCCGUGUCGGAGAGCCGCCCAGGUGCUGGUGCAGGAGCUGGAGCAGUACCAGUUGCUGCCGAAGAGGUUGGACUGGGAGGGCAACGAGCACAACAGGAGCUACGAGGAAUUGGUCUUGUCCAAUAAGCAUGUGGCUCCUGAUCAUCUGUUGCAAAUCUGCCAGCGCAUUGGUCCCAUGUUGGAUAAAGAAAUUCCACCCAGUAUCUCAAGAGUCACUUCUUUACUUGGUGCAGGAAGGCAGUCUUUGCUACGUACAGCAAAAGACUGCAGGCACACAGUUUGGAAGGGCUCUGCCUUUGCUGCUCUUCACAGAGGAAGACCUCCCGAAAUGCCGGUGAAUUAUGGUUCCCCACCAAGUCUUGUGGAGAUACAUCGAGGAAAACAACUCACAGGGUGUUCCACUUUUAGCACAGCAUUUCCAGGAACCAUGUAUCAGCACAUCAAAAUGCACAGAAGGAUUCUCGGACAUCUGUCUGCUGUUUACUGUGUAGCAUUUGAUAGGACAGGACAUAGAAUCUUUACAGGUUCAGAUGAUUGUUUGGUGAAGAUUUGGUCAACACACAAUGGCCGCCUGUUAUCCACAUUAAGAGGUCAUUCUGCAGAAAUUUCAGAUAUGGCGGUCAACUAUGAGAAUACGAUGAUCGCUGCAGGGAGCUGUGAUAAGAUCAUCAGAGUGUGGUGCUUGAGAACUUGUGCCCCGGUCGCUGUGCUCCAAGGACACACGGGGUCAAUCACAUCUUUACAGUUUAGCCCAAUGGCCAAAGGCUCCCAAAGAUACAUGGUCUCUACUGGUGCUGAUGGGACAGUUUGUUUCUGGCAGUGGGAUUUAGAAUCCCUGAAAUUCAGUCCACGUCCCCUGAAGUUCACGGAGAAGCCUAGACCAGGUGUUCAGAUGCUUUGUUCUUCUUUUAGUGUUGGUGGUAUGUUUUUAGCCACAGGUAGUACUGAUCAUGUAAUCAGAAUGUAUUUUUUGGGUUUUGAAGCACCUGAAAAAAUCGCGGAACUUGAAAGCCACACGGAUAAAGUUGAUAGCAUCCAAUUUUGUAACAAUGGUGAUCGGUUCUUAAGUGGUAGCAGAGACGGAACAGCACGGAUUUGGAGAUUCGAGCAGUUGGAAUGGAGAAGCAUUUUAUUGGAUAUGGCGACCAGAGUCUCAGGGGACUUAUCUUUGGAAGAGGAAAGGUUUAUGAAACCCAAAGUAACAAUGAUAGCUUGGAAUCAGAAUGAUAGCAUUGUUGUCACAGCCGUGAAUGAUCAUGUCCUUAAAGUGUGGAAUUCUUACACUGGACAGCUGCUUCAUAACUUACUGGGACAUGCUGAUGAAGUCUUUGUCUUGGAGACGCAUCCCUUUGAUUCCAGAAUUAUGUUAUCUGCAGGACACGAUGGCAGCAUAUUUAUAUGGGAUAUUACAAAAGGCACCAAGAUGAAACAUUAUUUUAAUAUGAUUGAAGGACAAGGACACGGAGCUGUUUUUGACUGUAAAUUUUCACAGGAUGGACAGCAUUUUGCCUGUACAGAUUCUCACGGACACCUUCUGAUAUUUGGGUUUGGAUGCAGCAAGCCAUAUGAAAAGAUUCCUGAUCAGAUGUUCUUCCAUACCGACUAUCGACCACUGAUUAGAGAUUCUAAUAAUUAUGUCUUAGAUGAGCAAACUCAGCAGGCUCCUCACCUUAUGCCUCCACCGUUCUUGGUAGAUGUAGAUGGAAAUCCUCAUCCAACUAAGUAUCAGAGAUUAGUGCCAGGCCGAGAAAAUUCCGCAGAUGAACAUUUGGUUCCACAGCUAGGCUAUGUGGCAACAAGUGAUGGAGAGGUGAUUGAACAAAUUAUAAGCCUCCAAACCAAUGAUAAUGGUGAACGCAGCCCCGAGUCCAGUGUUCUUGAUGGGAUGAUAAGACAGUUACAGCAGCAGCAGGAUCAGAGACUGGGAGCAGAUCACGAUACUGUUCCAAGUGGACUUCCCAGUGGGGAAGAAACACCCCGAAGAGGUUUUAGAAGACUGAGCUUAGACAUCCAGUCCCCUCCAAAUAUUGGUCUGCGUCGUAGCGGACAAGUGGAAGGUGUUCGUCAGAUGCAUCAGAAUGCUCCACGCAGUCAGAUUGCUACUGAGCGUGACCUGCAGGCUUGGAAACGAAGAGUGGUUGUACCAGAGGUACCACUAGGCAUAUUUAGGAAAUUGGAAGACUUCAGAAUAGAGAAGGGUGAAGAGGAAAGAAAUCUUUAUAUAAUAGGAAGAAAAAGGAAGACUCUCCAGCUCACACAGAAGUGUGAGUCGCUGGCGCUGCUGUCCCAGUCCCGGCAGAGGACGUGCAGGCGCAGGCGCCUGAAUUACAGUCGAAGAAAUCUUGGGCGGCUUGAGCUGUCUUCUGGAAAUGAAUCUUCGAGCUCUGGAAGACACGAGACUUCCUGUGAUCAGAGUGAAGGUUCUUGCUCUUCUGAAGAAGAGGAGUGGAGGAGUGACAGGAGGAGUCAGAGUGACAGCGAAAGUUCAAGUGACUCGUCAUCUAGAUACUCUGACUGGACAGCUGAUGCAGGCAUCAAUUUGCAGCCUCCUUUACGAACGUCAUCACGUCGACGAGUUACCCGCUUUUGCAGUAGUUCAGAGGAUGAAAUGUCUACUGAGAAUUUAUCUCCUCCAAAAAGGAGACGAAAGAGAAAGAAAGAAAAUAAGCCUAAAAAAGAGAGCUUGCGGAGGAUGACUCCGGUGGAGCUUGCAAAUAUGGAACAUUUAUAUGAAUUUCACCCUCCCGUGUGGAUAACGGACACCACACUUCGAAAGUCUCCUUUUGUUCCUCAGAUGGGUGAUGAGGUAAUCUAUUUUCGACAGGGUCACGAAGCUUAUAUUGAGGCAGUCAGAAGAAAUAACAUUUAUGAACUGAACCCUAAUAAGGAGCCAUGGAGAAAAAUGGAUCUUAGGGAUCAAGAGUUGGUCAAAAUAGUCGGAAUACGAUACGAGGUUGGGCCCCCUACGCUCUGUUGCCUCAAACUAGCAUUUAUAGAUCCUGCAACUGGAAAACUUUUGGACAAAUCUUUCUCUAUUAGGUACCAUGAUAUGCCGGAUGUCAUUGACUUUCUUGUACUGCGUCAAUUUUAUGAUGAAGCAAGACAGAGGAAUUGGCAGUCUUGUGAUAGGUUCCGUUCUAUCAUUGAUGAUGCUUGGUGGUUUGGAACAGUGCUAAGUCAAGAGCCAUAUCAGCCGCAGUACCCUGAUAGUCAUUUCCAGUGCUACAUCGUUAGGUGGGACAAUACUGAAAUUGAAAAACUUAGCCCAUGGGACAUGGAACCAAUUCCUGAUAAUGUUGACCCACCUGAAGAGUUAGGAGCUAGUAUUUCUGUCACUUCCGAUGAGCUAGAGAAAUUACUCUACAAACCUCAAGAUGGUGAAUGGGGCCAGAAAUCAAGAGAUGAAGAAUGUGAACGAAUUAUUAGUGGUAUAGACCAACUUUUGAAUCUUGACAUAGCAGCGGCUUUCGCAGGGCCAGUUGAUCUGUGUACGUACCCGAAGUAUUGCACCGUAGUAGCUUAUCCAACCGACCUCUACACGAUUCGAAUGAGGCUCGUUAAUCGAUUCUACAGGAGGCUAUCUGCAUUAGUUUGGGAAGUCAGAUACAUAGAACAUAAUGCCAGGACAUUUAAUGAGCCUGAAAGUGUAAUUGCAAGAUCAGCUAAGAAGAUAACUGACCAACUUUUAAAAUUUAUCAAGAAUCAAGACUGUACACAUAUCUCAGAACUUUCUAACACUUCCGAAAAUGAUGAGCAAAAUGCCGAGGAUUUGGAUGAUAGUGAUCUUCCUAAAACAUCUUCUGGAAGAAGGAGAGUCCGUGAUUGGAAAAAAACGAGCAUCAAAGCCACCAACUAUGUUGAAAAUAACUGGAAGAAACAGUGUAAGGAACUAGUGAACUUAAUUUUUCAGUGUGAAGAUUCUGAACCAUUUAGACAACCUGUUGAUUUGGUUGAAUAUCCAGACUACCGAGAUAUUAUAGAUACUCCAAUGGAUUUUGGAACAGUAAGGGAAACUUUAGAAGCAGGAAAUUAUGACAGCCCUUUGGAAUUUUGCAAAGACAUCCGGUUGAUAUUUAGCAAUGCAAAAGCAUAUACACCAAACAAAAGAUCAAAGAUUUACAGUAUGACCUUGAGAUUGUCUGCCUUAUUUGAAGAAAAAAUGAAGAAAAUCUCCUCUGAUUUUAAAAUUGGUCAAAAAUUCAAUGAAAAACUUCGAAGAAGCCAGAGGUUCAAGAGACGGCAAAAUUGUAACCGUGUCAGUCAGGCCAACAGAAGUAUCAGAAAUAUCAAACAGAAGCGGUUAAAAUCUCAGACAAAAGUAAUUCCUGAAUUGGUGGGUUCUCCUGCCCACUCUCCCUCCAGUAGGGGUGCCUAUUCUGCAGGCCGUAAGACAGGUGCUAGUGUCUCUUCGGGCGUGACUUCUGGGGACUCCUCAGAUUCGGCAGGAUCGUCAGAAAGAAUGAGAAGACUUAGGACUGUCACUCUGAAAAAUGGCUCCACGUUAUCUGAAAGUGAAAUGGAAGAUUCCUUAGGUACCUCUUCAUCUUCAGCUUCAAAUAGUUCAGAGGAAAGCAAAGAGAGUUCAAGACCUCGGGAAUCUUCCUUACGUAGUGGGCGCCGAAGCAGUAAUCUCAGGGUGACCAGAACCAGAGCUGCUCAAAGAAAAACUGGUCCAGUUUCUUUAGAAAAUGGAUGUGGCAGAAAAGCCACUCGAAAGAGAGUUUAUUUAAGUGACUCUGAUAAUUCAGUGGAGGCUGGUGAGAGCCUAAAAGCCAGGGCUGGAAAUAACCGAAUGCUACGAAAGUGUGCUGCUGUGGCUGCCAAUAAGAUCAAGCUGAUGAGCGACGUCGAGGAGAACUCUAGCUCUGAAAGUGUCUGUUCUGGCCGGAAGCUGCCUCACCGUAAUGCUUCCGCUGUGGCUAGAAAAAAGUUAUUACACACUGAAGAUGAUCAGAGCUUAAAGUCAGAAAUUGAAGAAGAGGAGCUAAAAGAUCACAUCGACCAUCACCACUGUCCCAAUUCUCAUGCUGCCCAGAAUACUGUGAAUGAAUCUGAAAAUGGGGAUUCAGAGUCAGAAAGUGACUUACGAGUAGCCCGAAAAAAUUGGCAGGCCAAUGGUUACAAGUCUCAUACUCUGGCAACUUCUAAAACAAAAUUUCUUAAGAUAGAGUCUUCUGAGGAAGACUCUCAAAGUCACGAUUCAGAUAAUGUACAGAACAGAACUGCUGGUCUCACCUCUGGCAGAAACUUAGGGCAAAAAAGCAUCUCCGAGGAAGAGGAAGAAGCAGAUUCCGAACCGGGAAAGUAUGCUGGAAAGUACAACACAGGUCGCAAGAAUCUUACUUUCCUUAAAAAAGCAAAGAUCUUCAGUGAUUCUGAGGACUCCGAAUCCGAACAGCGAGAUCGAGAAGAUGGCCGAUGUCAUGAAAUGGACACCAACCCGAUCAGAGGGGGUUGAAGCGUGAACCAAUUGCCGGGGUCCCAGUGUUUCUCAGAUCAUGUAUCUGAGACCGAUUUGGAUUCAGAUGAUGACAAAACAAAAGAAAAACCAACAUACUUCUCAUUUUAAUUUUUAGAUUCUCCAUCACAAGACCAUGGACAAAGCAGAAAGGUUUCCAGGAAAAGGGUCUGCUCCAGUGGACUCAGACAGCAUUCCAAGGUGAAGAAGAAGUCCUCAAAAGCCAAAACGCGACCCCUCAGGACUCCUCGAAGAAGUGCCAGCACCGCCGCCGGUAAGAUCAAGCUCAUGAGCGACGCGGAAGACGGCAGUUCGGGCAGCGUGUGCACUAGAAGCCGACACGGGAGGAAGAAGCGUCCCGCCGCCUCUGCCUCUUCGGCCCCGAAGAUGGGGAGCGAUUCGGAGGGAGCCGCAAGCUGUGAAGUGCCGGACGAGCCGUGUGCUUGCGGGGGCCCGGGAGGCGGCCCUGCGGGGCCGGAGGGCCACUCCGACUCGGAAGGUGCGCGCAGUUCCGAGCGCGGGGGCAGGCGCGCCCGGGGCCCCAGGGCGGACUGGGCGCCUCCCCAAGCCAGGCAUUCCUCCGCCGGGUCUUCAGGGGAAGAGUCGAAAAGCCAUAUUCCAGGGGGCGAGACGGGCAGGAAGAAGGUUUCCGCGGAGGCCGCUUCGGAGCAGAAAGCGGCUGCGGAGCCCAGCUUCGAGGAGGAGCUGAGUUACGGGCUGCGCAGGUGGAACGGCCGGCGGCUCCGGACCUACGGGAAGGCGCCACUGCGGGGGCGGCGGCGGGGGGCGGAAGCCGAGGCCGGGCGCAAGAGGCUGCGCCCGGAUCCGGGGGAGGCGCCGGGAACCGCGGCGCGGGGGGCGGCCCGGGGCGCGCGCGCCCCCAGCCCCAGGUCCGCGUCCGAGCCGGCCUCCGCCACCGAGUCCGACGGGGACUGUGCCGACGACGCCAACACCAAAAAGAGGAAAACGAAGGGAAAAGCAAAGGCCGCCGGAAAAGGUAAAGCCUGUGCGGCCGCCGCGUCCCGAAGCGCGCGGCGGCAAAGACAGAGCAAACGGCCCAGGUUGAGUGUGGACGAUAACGACUGGGAAGAUCUGGACUAUGCAAAGUCGAAAAGAGGGCUUCGGCGCUCGAAAAUAAAAACGAGGAAUCAGGGCAGAAGGACCGUGAGAUACCACGAUGGGGAUGAUGACAGAAGCUUAGAGAACGGGAUAGAUUUUGAUGAUUGCACCUUAUGACCUUGAGAGAAAACCAGUUCAUUCGAAGAGGAAAUGGACUGGAAUUUAUGGUGAAAGCUGGCUGUUGAAAUUAUUUUUUGUCCUACAAUUCAGGGAAUAUAUUUAUAUUUUUCUAUGAAAAGUUAUGAAUGUGACUAAAUCAUGACUGUUAUUUUUAUUUGCACUUGCUUGCCUUUGUAGCAGCGUUCAGCACAGGUGCCAAAAUAUGCUUCAUUUUGGGGGCAGAUCUACUUUGACAGUAUUGAACUACAGAGAGCAAGGAUUUGAAGUAUGUUCAACACUAGACAUCCUGGUUGUCAAAACCAAUAAGCAUUACUUUCACGGUAGCAAGUGUCAUGCAGUCAUUUGCUGAGUGCGUCCAGAGGUGGUAGUUUCUAACCCCUGUUCUGUUGUCGUAGAACAGUUUCACCCGUGGCCUAUGUUUACAGAUUCUUCAUAAAUAUUAUGUGCAUACUGACGGAUCGAUCAUGGGAGGUGUAACCAUGAUUAGUAGGCGAGGUACCUACCACUUUUUUUUUUUUUUUCUUUUCUUUUCUUUUAUUUCCCUGCUACUUGAGCAGAAUGCAUUAUACCAGAUUUGGUCAUUUUCAUUCAAUGGUUUCUCUCCAAUGCUGUUGGGUCUUUUUCUCUCUUUUUCUUUAUUUUUAAGGAAAAUGUCAUCACUUUUAUUUUAUAAACUUGAAUUAUAAGUGCUGGUAAAUUAUUUUUUAAAAUGUUUGGAUUGUAUAUUCUAAACCUCGAAGGCCCCAAGCAUAGCCCUGGCAUUUUCUUUUAAAUUGUGCACUAACAGAAUGCUAUAUAAUUUGUCUUUCCAAGAUCUCCUGAUUUCUAUGUAAGGGAUUUAACCAAAAUCUUGGUCUUCCAUAGUCUUACUCUGUGAAAUAGAGGAGUUUGUGUGCCUUAGAUUUAGGAAAAGUGUGUUCUUUAAUAGAGUGUACAGGGCCAAGAGAGUAUUUAAAUUAUACAUAGAUUCCCCCCCCCCCCAUUUCCAUUGAGAUUGUAGAGUUCAGUUUGUUAAGAGUGCAAUCGCAGAUCUCAUCUAUAUAGGGAAAUAGUUCAAUGUCAUUCUCCACCUCUCUGUUUUAGCUUACUGCUGCCAUGUGCAAUCCCAAGCAUUCUUUGCGGGGGCAACUCAGUGCAUCUUUUGUUAGUGACCCCUAGUUUAGAAAGUGUCUUGUGUUGUGGGAGAAGACUUUUGGAAUCCAUUCAAAAGUGAAACUUCUAUCACAUCAUCAAAUACCAUAGUACACUUAUUUUUGAGCCAAAUAUUUUGCUUGAUAGGUUGUGCUACUCCGUAGAGUGGUAGGUGGCCAUUCCUAGCUUGUUUGUGCCUGAAGAUGGACUUGAUUCCAAUGGUUUACAUAUUUCGUAGCUGAGGAGUAUGUUGCAGUACUCCUACCUCUGUUAUUUAUUGGCCCCUGUGUUUGGUGUCAGACAAAAUUAAUCCUCUUCUCCUGUGUAUGCUUAAGGUGGCAGAUACGAAAAGCAUCAGACUCUGGUAUCAAUGUUAGAGAAUGUUCUUAAGUUUGUUACUUUUUAGUCAUCUAUUCUAUUUGACAUGGUAGAAGGUACUUCCUAUUCUGAUGUAGAGGGGAAGGAUGUUUUGGACAUUACCAACCGAGACAGGUACCUGUCUCUCCUUUGGUUGUUGGAGAGCUGUCGCCGCUUCAGAACUAUGAUGCUCUUCUUUCUCAAAGCUUGUGUUGAGGGUAUAGUACAGAGAGUGAUUCAGGAGAAUCGUCCUUGACUAUUGACCUGAGAAAUUAAUGGAAUGUUUCUUUACUUCCCUAGUUUUAAGAAAUGGUGAUAGAUGUCAUUUCCAUUAAUUUAUUUAAACUCUUCUUAAGCUUCCUCUGUUUUAUAUCUAUUCUCAGGGUUAUAACUCCAUGUUUACCAUCAAUCUGCAAAAAGGUACCAAAAAAAUCCAUAAAUAAAAAUAUAGAAUACAUUCUAAAUCUAUACAUUAUUUGUAAGGUGAUACUUGAUCUUUAGGCUUCAUCGGUAGAACUAUUCUUAAUCUUUGGCCUGAGUUAACUGGUCAUAGAUUGCUGGCUGGUCAACCAAUUACUGAUUUUUCCUUUCUGUCCAAAAUGGUUAGACCUUUGUAUAUAGAAAGCAGUGUUUUGGUUCAUCUGGGGAAAAAAAAAAAACCAAGAAUUUGUCCUGGUGACUUUGAAGGCAUGGUUGACAGUGGUAGCUUCUCCAGUUCUGAAGUAAAACUAAGGGAUUAUAGUGAGAAUCAUUUUUAUGGGUUUUUUUGGUCAUGGUGCUAUUCCUAAGGUUAACUUGAAUAUGUGACACACACUCCUAAGUACUUAAGGAAAAUUAAUAAAUAAUUAAUAGUUCAAAAUGUUUACAUUGAGCACUAGAACAUGUGUGACUUUUUUUCUACUUAUGCGAAUUGCGCAGGGAUUAAUGCACGGAUGUACUUUAAUGUGUUUGGGAUCAGUUUGUAUUUUCUUGUGAAAAAGACAAAAGGUUGCAAAUUGAAUGUGAACUGAUCCAGAAGUAAGUGCUAUCUGGCUUUCCAUUGCACUUGAAGUACUUGAUGGUGUACAUGAAAACAAACCAGAACGAAACUACUGUGGUCGUGUAUGUCCAAAGCCCUAUGAUUUUAUUCCUUUAUGGUUGGAAAAAGGUCUGUGGUUAUCAGACUGAUUUUUGAUUCCUUCGAAAGUAUUAAGGAAAAAGAUGUCAAACAUUUAAAAAAUAGCUGAGGUUUAAAAAGCAUUUUUUUCGUAUCAUACUUAUUUUAAAAGGGGAUACUGACAAUGUGUAGUAACUUCUGAAUAAAAAGGGAAAGUGUAUCCCAUUUUCAGAUACUUCUUAGGGUGGUCGUUCUCCCUUUUUUUAUUUUUAGGGGAAAAUCUCUGAUUAAAUCCUUUCUCAAUUUAGAAAUGCUUGGAAAGAAUGAUAAAGCAUUUAUUCACAGCUUCUCAGUUACAACAUAAGAGUUUCUUCUAAAUAGUAGAGAGUCGUACCUAAAAAAGCAAAUUAAUUUUAUAAUAUGAAAAUGGGGAGAAGAAUUUCUGUUCGGGGAAAAGGCACUUCAGAACCUGGAAUUGCAAAUGAAAAGGAGAUCUGAAGCCAAAAGAAAUGCCAUCUUGAAAGUAUUACUGUCCCUAAAUAAUAAGACCUGUCACUGAAUCUUCACGCUCCAUUGGUUAAUGACAUCUUAGGUAAAACAUUCUUAGAAGCCUCCCUACUUAGAGGGGUUCCUACUACAUCCCCUGUCCCUCUCCUAGCCUUUUAAAAUAACCAGAACACAGAAUGUAUUAACUAAAGUGUAGUGCUUUAAAAAACCAAAUUGAAAGGAUUUUAAUCUCUUUUGUCAGUGCACAUUGAACUUGAUCGUGCCGCUUGAAACAAUGAGGUUUGUGUGUCAGUAGAAUGCAAGAGUGUUGUUCAAGGAGCUCACGAUAUUUUUAGUUUUCCUUCCUACUCUACCAUAUUGGUUUUUUUGAGUAACUUUAAAUGGCUAGAACAGGUCGGUGUGCCUUGCCCUUUAUAGCUGAACUAUCAGCUCCACCCUUUUUGUCCGUAUUAAGUCAGCGUAUUUACUUUCUCACGCACCUUGUAGUUGUCCACAAACACUUCUGCACCUUACACUGUAUGGAACUUGUAGUUCAGUUAUCUCGUGGUAUGAUGGAAUGCACCAGAGCGCCUUCACUGCGGAAGAACUUUCCAUUAUUACCUAAGUCGAUCUCUCAACUCCUGCUGUGGAUAACAGCAAAUAAUAAGCAGAAACCGUAAGAAAUUUGCAGCUUCACUGUUUAAGACUGUCUGGAUUCCAGUAUUUGGGAACAAAGACCAAACCCAAGUAUAAUUUGUCAAAGCCAGGGAGAAAAUGGAACAUUGUGGAAAAAUCUAGUCCAACCAGAUUAGCACAUGCUAAUACCACUUUGGUAGCUCAAAAUUGUGAAUUAAUGGAGAGGAUUAAAGUGUAAAGACUAUAAUGGCGAGGGCUGUGUUGUCUUUUCUCACGUUUUGAGUUUUUCGUAGCUAUUUUCUUAAACUGUAGAUGUUGCCUUAAGGGUAUGUGGGAAUUCUCAAAGUUGAGAGAUUUUUACCAGUUCCUGAUAAUCUGCCACGCUGGUUCCUAAUACAUUGUUAAUUUGGUAGAAAAAUAUGAAGACCUUUUCUUGGUGUCUCCUCAAGGAUUGCUUGUGUGGAUCUGAUGUAGGGAGGUUGGCUGGGGCCAGUUAUAACAUCGGGGUCUUACAGAUCUGCAGGCUCUCUGUCUUUGGCAGCCUGUAAGUAACUGUAGACUGUUUGUCAGGACUGAUAGCUUCACUGAAUUUAAUUGUCAGUGUUUCCGUAUACUUUCUGGUCAUACUUUAGUUUUAAGGUAAUUUGAAGGUAAGUUUUAUCAUUUAUUAAAACCUCUGUUGGGAAUUUGGGCUCCUAAAGAGGCUUCUGACUGACCCAGCUGGAACGAGACGGCCAGCUAGAGUUUGCCUGGACCACACGCGGCCAGCCUGGCCUACGGGGAUGUUGUUUAGAAGUUAUUACCCUUUUUGAUCAGUGGCUAAUGUCGAAAGUGAUCUUUCAUUUUUAAUAUAUUGAAGGUAAUUUUCUAGGUGCUGAUCCUCGCUUAGUCCUUGGACCAUACGCACACAUUCAGCUCACCUAUGAAACUCUAACCGUUUCACUGGAGCCAGACAAAAAGGCAGAUCUUUAGAAGAUUUUCCACUCGCACACAAGAUCUUUCAAAACUUUAACUUUCUAAAUAAACUCAUUACCAUGCCUGACUCUCGGUUGGUAUCUAGGAACCAGUUUAAUUUUUUUUAGUUACUAAAAGAGUAUAAUAAACUUAAUGUUAUCCUACUGACAAGUAAAAGGUUUUUUCUUUUCCUUUUUUAAACUACUUCAAGCCUUCUAGCUGAUUCAUUCCAUAAGGUCUGCAGGAGGCAGCCAAUUUCCCUUGCAACUUAUCUUUACGGUUUCUCAACAGCUUACUGUCCACUUGUGAUUAGUUUCUCAAGCAGGCAGAACGCGGGGCCACACCGUGUUGGAUGGGCCAGGAGGACUGAAGGGAGACUAGAGACGGGCUUGAAAGGGGGUUGGCGUGGGAUUGUCUGUGCCCUGCUGCUUCUCUUCGGUGAAGUAAUAAAGUAGUCGAAAACCAGUGUUUAUUUCCGAUACCCUCUCCUGCCAAACAGUUCGAAAUGCUCUGAGAGCUAAACAGAUAGAUACAGGAUCGUUGAUUCAUACUUGAUAGAACUUUAUCAGAUUUUAGAAAACUUGCAGUAGUCAUCACAAGUCUUUGAGAAUCGGAAGAAUGACUGUCACCGGUUAACUGUUUGCUAAAGACGAGAGAGAGCUGUAUAGCGAUGAGCUACUCAGCCGUAGAGGCAGAACAAAACAAAGUUCUGUGGUGCCCAUCACGGAGUGUGCUGCAUUUAUUCAACCAUAAGAGUGACCAAGCUGGCGAAGAAACAACUCUUGAUUAGGGAAUUAUUUCUGAACAAGCUCAGGAUCCCCUGUGGCCCCAGUGUAGAGGCUGACUUCUCAGUGUUAACCAACUCCCCGGAAAUAGAAGUGUUUCCGUCUGGGAGUUACAGGGAACACGUUAGUCUACAGUCAUCCUCUACAGAGACUUUCCCGUGUAUGGGAUCUUUUUUGGAAACUUAUGCUUUUGGAGGGAUGACUAUCAGUGACAAAUGCUGUUUGUUUCCUGAGUUUUGAUCAUUUUAUUAUCAGUGAAGGCAGACAGUGAAGAAAGGGCAUCUCAGACUGACUCUGUCAAAGCCUUGCUUGAGGGAGGUGGUUGUGUUUUGCAACGAAAGGUUUCUCCUCUGCGGAUUGAUAACCCGCCACAGCAGCCACUGACCUCAGUACGUCAAAAGUAUGUAAAAUAGGCUAGCACAUUUUCAUUUUCAGACGUGCUUUCAUCAUCUUCCAUUCUCAGAUUUGUUUUUAAUACUGCAGUUAAAAUGCGAUGAGAUUAAAAUUUUUCAUGCUUCUGUAGCAGUGAUGUGAAGUUUAUUCUGGGUUUAGGAAGACAGUUUUGUAUUAAGUAUCAUAAUUGGAAUAUGAUUAGUCCUUAACACAUAGAAGCUUAGAGAUGCUUGCUUUGACUCAAAACGGAUGUCUGCAUCCAAGUUCCUAUUCACCACAGAGCGUCUUAGAAUGCAGUGAUCUGGGCGUUAGAAUUAAAGUGGUCCCCCAGGUGAACUGUGAUGGAGUGCUACUACGCAUGCACGUUUUCAUUCCACGAAUGAGGUUUUUGCCAUCCCCCAAUAGGGAGUCAUUUAUCGGAAAGCAGCAGUGCCUCAGGCUCUCACUGCUCCAGGACACGUGACUCGCCAAGCCCCACCAAGACCGGCUAGGACAGUUGGACUUGGGGGACUGUACUGACUGGUUAGUACUAAGUGACACUGUCCCAUAUGUAUUGUUAGAGUAGUGGCCUCCAAAAUUUUUAAGCUUGUACCCUGACCUCUAGAUUAGACUUCUCUCUAACCCUGAAUUAUCCUGUAUAUAUUGUAAAAACGAUUUGUAGUUUUCUCAAGGAGAGUAAAGCACUUUAUAAUUUGCCAAGUUCUCAGUAAUAAAUUGACCC